GAGGAGGAGCUGGAGGGGGCGCGGCUUCCUCCCCGUCGCUCCCGGGCGUCGGGCCUCCUUCUCCGCCUGGCCCAGGGGUGGCGGCCGGCGGGGGUCGCGGCGGCGGCAGCGGCGACGGGGGCGCUGGCGGGCCGCGGGUGGCGGGGGCCUGGCCGCGGCUCUGGGUGUUAGGAGACAAGAUGGCGGCGGCGCUCAGGAGGCCGGUCUCCUCCUCUCCGCCGUCCUCCGCCCCGCCGCUCGCCGCCUCCUCCUCCCGGGUCUCCUCCUCCUCUUUCGCUGCCUCCUCCUCCUCCUGCAGCGGCACCAGCGACCGCCGAGGCGCCGGCUCGCUCUCCCGGAGCUCCGGAGGGGGAUAGACGGGGCAGCUGCAGGCUCCGGCGACCGAGGCCGAGCUGGGGCCGGGGCGGGGACGGCGGCGGCGGCGGCGGCGGCGGCGGCGGCGGCGCCGGGUGGGGAUGGGGUCGCAGACGCUGCAGAUCCUCCGACAGGGGGUGUGGGCCGCGCUCAGCGGGGGCUGGUACUACGACCCGCACCAGGCCACCUUCGUGAACGCGCUGCACCUCUACCUGUGGCUGUUUCUGCUGGGCCUGCCCUUCACCCUCUACAUGGCCCUUCCUUCUUCCAUGAUUAUAGUAGCAGUUUAUUGUCCUGUGAUAGCUGCUGUUUUUGUUGUUCUGAAGAUGGUCAACUAUCGACUACACAGAGCACUUGAUGCUGGAGAAAUUGUAGAUAGGACUGCAAAUGAGUUCACAGAUCAGCGAGGCAAAGCUGAACAAGUCAACUGUUCAACCAGGAGAAAAGACAGCAACGGACCGAGUGAUCCUGGUGGAGGGAUUGAGAUGUCUGAGUUCAUCCGAGAGGCUACACCCCCAGUUGGUUGCAGUUCCAGAAACUCUUAUGCCGGCCUAGAUCCAAGCAACCAGAUCGGAUCUGGUUCCUCACGUCUUGGAACAGCAGCAACUAUUAAAGGAGAUACUGAUACUGCUAAGACUUCUGAUGAUAUCAGUUUAAGUCUGGGCCAGAGUUCUAGUCUUUGUAAGGAAGGAAGUGAAGAACAAGAUUUGGCAACUGAUCGGAAGCUCUUUCGUCUUGUUUCCAAUGACUCCUUCAUCUCCAUUCAGCCUUCCUUAUCCUCUUGUGGACAGGACUUACCAAGAGACGUCAGUGACAAAGUGAGCCUGCCAAGUCAUAGUCACCACCACCAUGUUGAUCAGUCUCUGUCCAGUGCCUGUGACACAGAAGUAGCUUCUCUUGUACCUUUACACUCACACUCUUAUAGAAAAGACCACCGGCCGCGAGGUGUACCACGGACUUCUAGCUCUGCUGUGGCUUUUCCAGACACUUCACUGAAUGAUUUUCCCCUUUAUCAGCAAAGACGGGGGUUAGAUCCAGUUAGUGAGUUAGAAUCUUCCAAGCCUCUUUCUGGAUCCAAAGAAUCCUUGGUGGAAAAUUCUGGUUUAUCUGGGGAAGUUCAGCUUGCUGGUGACUUGAAAAUCAAUGCUUCUCAGCCACCCACAAAAAGUGGGAAGAGCAAACCAUUGAAAGCAGACAAAAGCAUGGACAGCUUGAGGAGCCUGAGCACACGGAGUAGUGGGUCAACAGAGAGCUACUGCAGUGGAACAGACCGGGACACUAACAGUACUGUCAGCAGCUAUAAAAGUGAGCAUACCAGCUCAACUCACAUAGAGAGCAUUUUGUCAGAGCAUGAGUCGUCUCCUAAAGCAGGAACAAAAAGUGGGAGGAAAAAAGAGUGCUGUACAGGCCUAGAGGAAAAGAGUAGCUGUGCUGGUGUCAAAAGGACUAGCAGUGAAAAGAUUGCCAUGGAAGCGAGUACCAACAGUGGAGUUCACGAAGCCAAGGACUGUACGCCCUCUGAUGAGAUGCACAACCAGAGAGGUCUCAGCAACUCUGCAUCUGAAGAAGCCAAUAAAAAUCCACAUGCAAAUGAAUUUACUUCCCAAGGGGACAGACCACCUGGGAAUACUGCAGAAAACAAAGAAGAGCAGAGUGAUAAGUCAGCUGUUUCUAUGGAUUCCAAAGUGUGUAAAGAUGUUGGUGGAAAGCCAAAGGAAGGGGAUGUUCGACCGAAAUCUUCUAGCGUAAUCCAUCGGACAGCUUCUGCCCACAAGUCGGGCAGGAGACGGACAGGAAAAAAACGAGCUAGCAGUUUUGAUUCAAGUCGGCAUAGGGACUAUGUUUGCUUUCGAGGUGUUUCUGGUACCAAGCCACACAGUGCUAUAUUUUGUCAUGACGAGGACUCUAGUGAUCAAAGUGACUUGAGUAGAGCAUCAAGUGUUCAGUCUGCUCACCAGUUCAGCAGUGAUAGCUCAUCUAGCACCACUUCUCAUUCCUGUCAGUCUCCUGAAGGCAGAUACAGUGCUCUAAAGACCAAACACACUCAUAAAGAAAGGGGCACAGACUCUGAACACACACACAAAGCUCAUUUGGGUCCUGAAGGAACUGGCAAAAAGCGUGCAGCACGACGGACUUCUAGCACAAAUAGUGCCAAGACUCGCGCCCGAGUGUUGAGCCUGGACAGUGGCACAGUAGCAUGUUUGAAUGACCCAAACAGGUUAAUGGCACCUGAAAGCAUAAAGCCCUUAACCACUUCAAAAUCAGAUCUUGAGGCCAAAGAGGGAGAGGUGCUAGAUGAGCUAUCUUUAUUAGGACGGGCUUCCCAGUUAGAGACAGUCACUCGGUCUAGGAAUAGCUUGCCAAACCAGGUUGCAUUUCCUGAAGGGGAAGAGCAAGAUGCAGUCAGUGGAGCAGCACAAGCCAGCGAGGAGGCAGUGUCAUUUCGUCGUGAACGCAGCACAUUUAGGCGCCAGGCAGUACGGCGCCGGCACAAUGCAGGGAGUAACCCUACCCCUCCUACAUUGCUCAUCGGAUCACCCCUAAGCCUUCAAGAUGGUCAGCAAGGCCAGCAGUCCACAGCCCAGGUCAAAGUCCAGUCCCGCCCCCCUUCCCAGGCUGCAGUGCUCAGUGCUAGUGCCUCCUUGCUGGUGAGAAAUGGGAGUGUCCACUUAGAAGCAUCACAUGACAAUGCAUCUGCUGUAGGCGGUAGCAGUUUGCAGGAUGAACUUGGUAAGUUCUCUUCUACGCUGUAUGAGACUGGUGGCUGUGAUAUGUCACUUGUGAAUUUUGAACCAGCAGCAAGAAGAGCAUCCAAUAUCUGUGACACAGAUUCUCAUGUAUCCAGUUCUACCUCAGUUCGAUUUUAUCCACAUGAUGUGCUCUCUCUCCCACAGAUUCGAUUGAAUAGACUAUUGACCAUUGAUACAGAUUUGUUGGAGCAACAGGACAUUGAUCUAAGCCCUGACUUGGCAGCUACUUACGGCCCAACAGAAGAAGCUGCCCAAAAGGUUAAACACUAUUAUCGUUUUUGGAUCCUACCCCAGCUGUGGAUUGGCAUUAACUUUGACAGACUCACACUUUUGGCCCUGUUUGAUAGAAAUCGUGAGAUUCUGGAAAAUGUGUUAGCUGUCAUCCUGGCUAUUCUCGUGGCUUUUUUGGGAUCUAUUCUUCUCAUACAAGGCUUCUUCAGAGAUAUCUGGGUCUUCCAGUUCUGCCUGGUCAUAGCCAGUUGUCAAUACUCACUACUUAAGAGUGUUCAACCAGAUUCUUCUUCUCCCAGACAUGGUCAUAAUCGUAUCAUUGCCUACAGUAGACCAGUUUAUUUCUGCUUAUGUUGUGGUCUUAUUUGGCUCUUGGAUUAUGGCAGCAGAAACCUGACUGCAACCAAGUUCAAAUUAUAUGGAAUAACUUUCACCAAUCCACUGGUGUUCAUAUCAGCCAGGGAUUUAGUUAUAGUGACCUUUAAAUUUUUUUCCAUAUAUUUUUAUAACAUAUUUCUUUCCUUUUUCUUUUCCUGUCUAGCCACUACAAGCCUGCUUGCAGCACUUUACAGUUUUAUCUGUAGCAUUGUGGCAGUAGCCUUAUUGUAUGGAUUAUGUUACGGAGCUUUAAAGGAUUCUUGGGAUGGCCAGCAUAUUCCAGUACUAUUUUCCAUUUUUUGUGGUUUGUUAGUGGCAGUGUCUUAUCAUCUCAGCCGACAAAGCAGUGAUCCAUCUGUACUUUUCUCUUUAGUGCAAUCCAGGAUUUUUCCAAAAAUGGAAGAGAAAAAUCCAGAAGACCCUCUAGCUGAAGUAAAAGAUCCACUGCCUGAAAAACUUAGAAAUUCUGUUAGUGAACGAUUGCAGUCUGACCUAGUAGUAUGCAUUGUAAUUGGUGUGCUGUAUUUUGCUAUUCAUGUAAGCACAGUCUUCACAGUAUUGCAGCCUGCUCUCAAGUAUGUGUUGUAUACGUUGGUUGGCUUUGUGGGUUUUGUAACACAUUAUGUGCUGCCUCAAGUUAGAAAACAGCUACCAUGGCACUGUUUCUCUCAUCCUCUGCUAAAGACAGUAGAGUAUAAUCAAUAUGAAGUUCGAAAUGCGGCCACUAUGAUGUGGUUUGAGAAACUUCAUGUGUGGCUUCUUUUCAUGGAGAAGAAUAUAAUCUAUCCAUUGAUUGUUCUCAAUGAACUUAGCAGCAGUGCAGAGGCAAUUGCUAGUCCAAAGAAACUAGAUACAGAAUUAGGUGCUUUAAUGAUCACCAUUGCUGGUUUGAAGUUGCUACGAUCCUCUUUUAGCAGCCCUACAUAUCAGUAUGUCACAGUCAUCUUUACUGUGCUCUUUUUCAAAUUUGACUAUGCAGCUUUUUCAGAGACCAUGCUGUUGGAUCUCUUCUUUAUGUCCAUACUCUUCAACAAGCUUUGGGAACUCCUUUAUAAAUUGCAGUUCGUGUAUACCUAUAUUGCCCCGUGGCAGAUCACAUGGGGUUCUGCUUUCCAUGCUUUUGCUCAGCCUUUUGCAGUGCCCCACUCAGCCAUGCUGUUCAUUCAGGCUGCUGUCUCGGCCUUCUUCUCUACUCCGCUGAAUCCCUUUCUGGGAAGUGCAAUAUUCAUCACUUCAUAUGUCCGACCUGUGAAAUUCUGGGAGAGAGACUAUAACACAAAACGAGUGGAUCAUUCAAAUACCAGAUUGGCUUCUCAGCUUGAUAGAAAUCCAGGAUCAGAUGACAACAAUCUGAAUUCCAUCUUUUAUGAACAUUUAACUAGAUCCCUACAACAUAGCCUCUGUGGUGAUUUGCUACUAGGACGGUGGGGAAACUACAGUACAGGGGACUGUUUCAUCCUUGCCUCUGACUAUCUCAAUGCAUUAGUACACCUUAUAGAGAUAGGCAAUGGUCUGGUCACUUUUCAGCUGCGGGGACUUGAAUUCAGAGGUACCUACUGUCAACAGCGGGAAGUGGAGGCCAUUACUGAAGGUGUAGAGGAAGAUGAAGGAUUUUGCUGUUGUGAACCUGGCCAUAUUCCUCAUAUGCUUUCAUUUAAUGCUGCAUUUAGCCAGCGAUGGCUAGCUUGGGAAGUAAUAGUUACAAAGUAUAUUCUAGAGGGUUAUAGCAUCACUGAUAAUAGUGCUGCUUCUAUGCUUCAAGUCUUUGAUCUUCGGAAAGUACUCACCACUUACUAUGUCAAGGGUAUCAUUUAUUAUGUUACGACCUCUUCUAAGCUAGAGGAGUGGCUAGCUAACGAGACAAUGCAAGAAGGACUUCGUCUAUGUGCAGAUCGCAAUUAUGUUGAUGUGGACCCGACCUUUAAUCCAAACAUUGAUGAAGACUAUGACCACCGACUGGCAGGCAUAUCUAGGGAGAGUUUCUGUGUGAUUUACCUCAACUGGAUAGAGUACUGCUCUUCCCGAAGAGCAAAGCCACUGGAUGUGGACAAAGAUUCUUCCCUGGUGACUCUCUGUUAUGGACUCUGUGUACUUGGACGGAGAGCUUUGGGGACUGCAUCCCACCAUAUGUCCAGUAAUUUAGAGUCAUUCCUCUAUGGAUUGCAUGCCCUAUUUAAAGGAGAUUUCCGUAUUUCUUCAAUUCGAGAUGAAUGGAUCUUUGCUGAUAUGGAAUUGCUAAGGAAAGUAGUAGUCCCUGGGAUCCGUAUGUCCAUUAAACUUCAUCAGGAUCAUUUUACUUCUCCAGAUGAAUAUGAUGACCCUACUGUGCUCUAUGAAGCCAUUGUAUCUCAUGAGAAAAACCUCGUAAUAGCCCAUGAAGGGGACCCUGCAUGGCGGAGCGCAGUACUUGCCAACUCUCCCUCCUUGCUUGCUCUGCGGCAUGUCAUGGAUGAUGGCACCAAUGAAUAUAAAAUCAUCAUGCUCAACAGACGCUACCUGAGCUUCAGAGUCAUUAAAGUGAAUAAGGAAUGUGUCCGAGGUCUUUGGGCGGGUCAACAGCAGGAGCUUGUUUUUCUACGUAACCGUAACCCAGAGAGAGGUAGCAUCCAAAAUGCAAAGCAAGCCCUGAGAAACAUGAUAAACUCAUCUUGUGAUCAACCUAUUGGCUACCCAAUCUUUGUCUCACCCCUGACAACUUCUUACUCUGACAGCCAUGAACAGCUUAAAGACAUUCUUGGGGGUCCUAUCAGCUUGGGAAAUAUCAGGAACUUCAUAGUGUCAACCUGGCACAGGCUUAGGAAAGGUUGCGGAGCUGGAUGUAACAGUGGUGGCAAUAUUGAAGAUUCUGAUACUGGAGGUGGGACUUCCUGCACUGGUAACAAUGCAACAACUGCCAACGAUCCCCACAGCAACGUAUCCCAGGGAAGCACUGGAAAUCCUGGGCAGGGAUCAGGAACCGGACUCCACCCACCUGUCACAUCUUAUCCUCCACCCCUAGGCACUAGCCACAGCUCUCACUCUGUGCAGUCGGGCCUGGUCAGACAGUCUCCUGCCCGGGCCUCAGUAGCCAGCCAGUCUUCCUACUGCUACAGCAGCCGGCAUUCGUCCCUCCGGAUGUCCGCCACGGGGUUUGUGCCUUGUCGGCGCUCUUCUACCAGUCAGAUAUCGCUUCGAAACUUGCCAUCAUCCAUCCAGUCCCGCCUGUCGAUGGUGAACCAAAUGGAACCCUCCAGUCAGAGUGGCCUGGCCUGUGUGCAGCACGGCCUCCCUUCCUCCAGCAGCUCCAGCCAAAGCAUCCCAGCCUGCAAACAUCACACUUUUGUGGGCUUUCUUUCGACAGAGGGAGGUCAGGGCAGUGCCACUGAUGCACAGCCAGGCAACACCUUAAGUCCUGCCAAUAAUUCACACGCCAGAAAGGGAGAAGUGAUUUACAGAGUCCAAAUUGUGGAUCCCGGUCAAAUUCUGGAAGGGAUCAACCUGUCUAAAAGGAAAGAGCUACAGUGGCCUGAUGAGGGAAUUCGGUUAAAAGCUGGGAGAAAUAGCUGGAAAGACUGGAGUCCGCAGGAGGGCAUGGAAGGUCAUGUGAUUCACCGAUGGGUGCCUUGCAGCAGAGAUCCAGGUACUAGAUCCCACAUCGACAAGGCAGUGCUUCUGGUCCAGAUUGAUGAUAAAUAUGUGACUGUAAUUGAAACUGGGGUACUAGAACUUGGGGCUGAAGUGUGAGCCAAUGUUUUAUAAAGACGUUUCAUUUUCCCUCUCAAUUCCAAGACACUGGAAAAAGAGAGGAGCAAGAAGACGCCUGCAGGUAUCACAUCAGUCCUGUAUGGGAGAGACUGAAAGCAGAAUGAGCUUGGUUAAGCGCCUCUCCUUUGCCCUUCACCCUGACUCCUGUCACUGUCUCCAUCCCCAAAUAAAGCUGAAAUAUUUUUUUAAGUUAGCUGCCAAGAAAACAUUUUGCAUGAAAGAUAAAGUUCUGUUAAAAUACAUCCUUAAAAAAAGUCUUUCCUAUGCAUUGCCUAUGCUUUAAAUCAACAAACUCUUCAUUUCUAAACUAUGAUCUCAUAUUUUUCUAAUUUCUUUGCCAAAAAUAAUUACCAUGUUUUGUCAUAGAACAUGAAAUUCAUUUACCUUGAUUUUUAAAAACAGACCAGUGUAGAAAUGUUCUGUUUGACUUAUAGCAGUGUAAAAGUUUAAUGUACAGUGAAAGAGACGAUGAACAGACAUAGAUUUAUCUUAUUCCUUGAGCGCUAAAAACUUUAAUGAAAAAAAAACCUGCACUAAUUUUUUUACAGCAAUGCACUAAAGUCUGAGAUUUCUCAGAACAUUUAUUUAUAUAUAAAAAUAAAGUACCAUUAUUUAAAUUGCCUUUGGGAUUAACCCCUUCCCUUAUAAACAUAGGUAGCAGGAACUGUGCUGCUAAUUUUUCUGUUAGUAGUCUAUACUUCAUGCCAGGAUAUUGGAUGUUUUCUUUAAAAUGAAUAUGUAAUCUCAAGAUAUACAUAGCUUCAUCAUUGACAUUUCCCAGAGCCAACAGUCAGCGGAUCAGUCAUGUGAACACCACUGCCAGCUCCUGUGUCCACAUCUCAGAGGAGCCCAUGCUCUCUGCUUCUCUCCAGCAGGGCAAGCUCUGCUGGGCUGGGCUCGAUUCUGGGAAGAAAAUGUGUUUCUUUAAGAAGAAGGUGAAGGUCCAGGAAUUUAAAGAAAGGAUCAGUUGCCUUUUAUUUAUUUUAUGAGUUUCUAGCUCUUGAAGUUAUUCACAAGCAGUUUAGUUAAUCAAGUAAAAUUUUUUCAAAUAAAAAUAUCCAAAUGGUGCAGUUAUUAUUAUAUCCCUCUUUAAUAAUUUUGCUUUUUAUUUUUCCCCUCUUCUUUUUCUAUUACUUGAAUUUUAUUUCCUGUAAUUUUUAGUGUGUAGCUGUAAAUUGAAAUAUUUAUAACUGUGAAAUUGACUUAAUUCAUAUGUUGUCUCAUAACUUAAAUUUUAUUGGUUUUUUUUAAAAAAAUGUAUAUUCAGGGAAAUAUAUUACUCAUAUUUACAAUUGGGCGAUAUAGGAAUUUCAAUUUAGAUUUAAUUUGCAACUUUUAGCAUUUUUUAAAUUCUUAAGAAAAUUUUCCCUUUUGUUGUGAAACUCCAAAGAAAAUUGUACAUCUCCUCUGAGCAUUUAGGAGCAGCCAUCUUUGUACCCCUUGUGAAUAGAACAUUGAAAGAAACAGGUAAAAGUAAGUUUAAUAAUGCAUUUUGUUUAAUCCAGUACAUUCGAAGUAUUACUAUUUCAUCAUGUGUCACUAGCCAUAUUUCAAGUACUCAAUAGCUACAUGUACCUAGUGGCUACUGUAUUAGACAGUACAGAUUUAAAGUAUCUUUUAUCGAGGUGACAGAAGAGAGGAGCUGUUUUUCCUACUAAUUCUGAUGUAGAUCUCACGUUAUAGCAUAACAUUACAGUAGAAGGAAUGAAAACUAAGAAAGUAAAUAGUGAACAUACCAAUCUUACUACAUUUCCACUUUGAAACCCAUUUAUUUUUCCUUUUUCCGGUUUUAAACUUCUGUGGUCAUUCAGAACCUACUGUGCCUUGUGUUGACAUUUACAUAGACUUCACACUUUACAAAUUUACUGUUUAAAAAUACAUGUCAAAUGAUUUACUGAACCUUUAUAUAAAGGUACCCUUUCUAAAUUGACCAUUUAAAAAAUGUCUUUUUCUGAUACUGUCAUUAUAUUCUGCAUUUGCCUCGUUUUGGCAGAUCUACAGUAUGCCAUUAAAGUUUAGUGUUUUUGGUUUUGGAGGGUUUUUUUUUGAAACUGAAUUUAUAAUCGAUUUCUCUAUGUACAUAUAUUUUAAAAAUCUUCUCAAAGUAACUAUGUUCCCUUCUGCUUGUUCCCUUUCUGAAGUGAAUAUGAUCUUUUCAUGGUCAUUGCCUAGAUAAGAGAUAAGUAGAGCCUUUUCAGUCUUAGGCGGAAGGUAAUUCAUUUUCCCAUACACAAAAAAAAAAAAUCUGACCUUCACAUGAUUUAAUCAGAAGGGCUGGAAUUUUUUUGAUUUCUAGCCCCUGCUCCAAAAAAAUUUUUAACGCAUCACAUACUCUGAAAAGUCAGAUUUCAAAUGCAAGACAAGAUUUUAUAUGGAACAUAUAUGUUGGGUUUUGAUUUUGGGUAGCAAUUGAUAUGUAUUUUUCUCAAAAAAAGUUGAAUUUUGUUAACAUAUAAUUCUUUAGUGAGUUUAUAAAUUAGGAACCCUGAGAGAAGCCCUGUUGUUUUUCUUAAGAGUCUAAAACUGACAGUCUUUUAAAAAUCAUAAUACUUUUCUAGUAAUUGCAUCAGGGGAAAUGGUGAUAAUUGAAGAAACAUUCAUUUCUUAAGAAUAAUUUGAUCUAAAUUAUAUGGAAAUAUAAUACUUGCAUUAACUUAAUUGAUCAUAAAUUUUUGUUCCUGCCUCAUCUGUCACCCCUCCUCCGAGAACCGUGAAUGACUUGUUUAGAUUCUCUGCUUAACGUUUUUCAGUUAUGUACAAGACUUCAGCCUACAUUAAUGUCUUUAGUUUAUAAAUUGCCAAUGCUUCGAUUUCCAUAAUUUGAAAGUAAAAAGAUAUAAUUAAAACACUAGCUUUUUUUAUUCAUUUCCUUUUUAUAAUGCAUGAUUGAAAUCUUUCAGUUUUUUCUUGUUUAAUUCUUCCCCACCCCGACCCCCACUUAUAAGAGAAAGAUGAUCAUAGAAUGAGUUAUAAAUUGUUGACUUUUUUUCCUUUUUUUCUUUCAUUCAGUGUCAAAAAACAUUCUAUAGCUCCUAACUAAGCUUUUGGUUAAUCUCCCAACUUAUACCUUGGUGUGAACUCUCUUUUUACACCAUUUUCAACACUGGAUAAAACUUUAAUGUUGACUUUUAUGCUAAAGAACUUUAAUUUUUCUAAGAAUCUAGAUUAACAUAAGAUGAUGAUGUUUAGGGAACUUGGAAGAGUAAGUGGUGAGGCUGUAUGUAUAUUUUUUAAGAGAUUGCCUUUUAGGAAAUUAGCGAACAAACUUAACCAGUGUUCUGCCUUCUUUGACUUUGUUACUGGAGGAUGAUAAUCUAAUUCUAUUAGAUUUGAAGUAUUUUGGAAAAUAUUUCAAGUAUAUCUGAAAUACUUCUAAUUUUUGAAACAGAAGUAGUCAGACAAUAUUUGUAUCCUAAGUGAGAUGGAAGAUUAUUCUGUGUACUAAAUGUCAGGCAAUGAAAAUAGAAGUUUUUGUGUAGGAAACCCAGUAAGAAGAUGUGUUUCUCUUUCUGAAUUAGUUUAUUUUUCCAUCACAUACCAAAAUUCACAACUCAGCCUCAUAUUUUUCAGCAGGGGCAGCUUAGCCUUGAUAAAUUCAUCCGUGCUUCUGAGCAUCAUCCUUCUGCCUCUGCUUAGCAGCUCUGCAUUUGGUGAAUUGCUGUUGUGAGUCAUUCAUCCAGCACUAGGCCUUUUAAGCUGAAGAUUCACCCAUUGUCUAGAAUUGUCCUUUUCUUAUAGCUAGCUUUCAAGCAUCUUUCCUCCCAAAUAAAUAUAUAACUUGAGAAAAAGGUGAUAAUGAUUUUGUCAGAAUGCUUUAACUUUAUAUGUACUAGCUACUUAAACAUAAACUGCUGUCCAGAUUACUAAUUUCUUUUAUAUUUUUUUUAAUUAAUUUUUCAUGAAUAUGGACAAAGCCUUUUCUGGGGUGUGUGUUUGUUUUUUAAGUCCUCAUUCAUUCGUAAUCUUUUUUUGUGUAAGGUAAUCAUAUAAUGUUACUUUGGACACAGACCCAGUUAACUUUUUCUUUUGAUAGAGGGUACAUUGUUCAGAUAAGGUAUAAAAUGUCCCUUUUUAUUCUAGAGGCUUUUCCUUUAAUUCCAAGAUUAGUGGAGAGAAUAAUGUCAGUCAAGGUAAGAUGGCACAUGGAACUUGCUAACGGACUUAGGACAUUCUGUUUCAUUCUUACAUGGAUAUUGUUUUAUUGGUGUUGAGAAAGAAGAAAAAUUAGAUACUACCAUGCAUUGGGGCAGCAUAAUUUUAAUAUUACAUUGACUAUAGCUUUUUAAAAAUAAGUAUUAAAAAGCCUUUUCUUAAUUUAUUUUUUUUUAAUUUGGUUAAUAUGCAUCCAGGCUGUCUUAUUUUUACUUGUUAAAUGUCUAGGAAGAAUUGUGAUUGGAAAGGAAUUAAUUAUUAUAAUAAAUCUGGUAGGAUAUGAGUGGAGUAAGUUUGCUUGAAACAAAAGUAUAUUUUCUACUUUGAAUCACCUCACCAGAGUCAUCUGUCAAGAAUUGUAUAUGAAAACAAUUUCUCUUUAUUGCCUACAAACCACAUACUCUUUCUGGAUUAAGAUAAAUAACUUAACGUUUGUGAGUUGAACUUCAUUAUCUGCCAUUUUGUGGAAUCAACCUCACAUUCUUUGGUGGAACUGGAACUGAUUGUCACCACAAGCUUAUAUGAGAACUCUGUUCUAAGACUUAUACCUAUUAUAUAGGGUUAUACCUUCUUUCUUAUGCCUCAGCGCUGUACCUGACAAUUUAUAAUUCGGUGGAGCCAAGCUAGAAGGAACAAAGGUCAUCUAACACUGUGAUGGGGAUGAAUUCCUGGGUAUUACCUGCACAAGGAGGUGGUGCCCCGGAAUUCACAACAGAGUAGUAAUAGAGCAUAGGAUGGCUGCUCCAGAUGACUCUUGGGUUUGGUGUACUUGUGAUUGAACAAUAUUUUUUAUAUAUGAAGCUUGAUUCUACAACCAAAAUAAUAGAAGUUUUUUGGGGGAGGGGAUCAUGUCUGCUUAUGCUUUUUAAAAGCUUAUAGUUUAAGUAAAAGUAAAUUGUAAAAACUGAUUAACCCUAUACAAGUCUGGCAAUGAGCUCUGCAUGAGGAAAUGGAAGGAGGAAUAUUUAACUUGAUUCUUGGAAAGUGGACUAAGAAGGAAAAUGGGUUUUCCUUUUCUGAUCAUGGGCUCUGGAAAGUAUUCAUGGCCUUUACCAGCAUUCAGCAUAAACCAGAGAUAAGGACAUAUGUACUUACGUGUGUCUGUGAGUGUGUGUGUGUGUGUGUCUGAGUGUUAUUCUGAACAGCUUGUAAAUAUUGUAGUUGUUUAAAAUGGAAAAUAAAGACUGAGUUUUUCUGGCAAAUAUAUUGCAUCAAAAAUACAGUAUUGACAGUGGAUAAACACUGAGAAAAUAAAUUUUUUUUUCAUUUUGC